AGCCUCAAAACAGAAAAAAGAAUGCACACAAGACAUCACUAACACAAUUCAUUCAUAACCCCCGCCAGUCAAAACAGUUUUUAAGGUUUUUAAGAAGGCAGGCUGGCAGCAUUAUAAUCUUAAAGAUUCUCAAGUCCACAAUUUUUUUUUUCUCUCGUUUCUCCCUCUCCAGCUCUGCCCACUCUGCUCCGUUUGAUUUUAAACGUUGGUGGUGAAAAUGUCGGAGAAGGGUGGCAGAAUGUUUUCCUUGCCCACCAAAACAACACCCAAAUCUUCUCUCAAAUCCACCGCUGGAAAAGAUGAUAAUUCAGCAAAAUCAAAGAGGGGAAGGAAAGUUCAGUUUGGAACUGAAGGUUCACCUGAUGUUAAUUUCUCAUCGCCAAAAUCUGAUGGCAAGUUUGCAACCCCUUUUGGUAAAGGUGGAAAAGGAGAAAAGAUAGCGAACGGUGGAAAGACUCAUGUGGCCAAAGAAUCACAGUCAUUGGAGCUCAGAGUUGAACAGGAACUUCCAGAAAAUAUUAAAUGCCUUAUGGACUGUGAGGCUGCCACUAUCUUAGAAGGCAUUCAGGAUCAAAUGGUUAUUCUCUCCAGUGAUCCAACUAUUAAGCUCCCUGAAUCAUUUGGUUCGGGACUGCAGUAUGCCAAGACUGGUAGCUAUUAUACCAAUCCCCAGUCUGUUAGAAAAGUUCUUCAAUCUCUUACAAAAUAUGGUGUCUCUAACAGUGAGAUUUGUGUGAUUGCCAAUACUUGUCCAGAAACUGUUGAUGAAGUUUUUGCUCUUGUCCGAUCCUUGGAGGCUAAGAGAAGCAAAAUCACUGGACCACUUAAAGAUGUAUUGGAUGAGCUAGCUAAACUUAAAACAUCAACCUAAUGGCAUGUGGGGAUGCUCUGGUGAAUGUUGAAGAUGUGCCGGUAUAGGAAUAUGGUUGUGAUGUAGCGGAGAUAUUGGUGGAGUUUGUUUGUGUUGCAGCUUGCAAGAUGGAAAAUGGUAAUAUGCUUAUGGUGCAUGUCUGUUAGAUAGAGAUGUUUUGACAUAUUGAUUUAUGUUUAUGGAAAAAAGUAGUAAUAAAAGUUCCAUCAUUAAUGUAUCAAGGACCAAAAAAAGAAAGAAGGAAAAUUUAGAGAUCGAUACUGUUACUGCUAGAUAGAUGGUCCCUCAACAAUAGUAAGAUAGACGUGGUCGGUCAGGAUUAUUUGUAUUUGGACACCAUAGCGUAAUGGUUCUAAUUUCUUAGACAUUGUGGUUAUAA